AUCCGUGUCCGUCCUUUAAACGACACAGAGAAAAAUCUUCAUGGUCACAGUCGGUGUUUGAAACAAGAAAGUGCGCAGAGCAUCACAUGGAUUGGACAGCCAGAAACUCGCUUCACAUUCGACCACGUUGCUUGUGAGUCAGUGAAUCAGGAAGUGCUUUUUCUAGUUGCUGGUUUACGAAUGGUGGAGAACUGUAUGGCUGGAUACAACAGCUGUGUAUUUGCUUAUGGGCAGACUGGAUGGAAGUGGGAAGACACACACAAUGCUUGGCGAAAUCAGUGAGUUGGGAGUGAAGCCUGGUCCAGAAUGUGGCAUGACACCACGUAUUUUUGAGUUCUUGAUUGCGAGAAUCAGAGCGGAAGAAGAGAGCAGGAGGGAUGAGAACCUUAAGUACAACUGCGAGUGUUCUUUCCUGGAGAUUUACAAUGAACAAAUUACAGAUCUUCUUGACCCUUCAUCCACAAAUCUUCAACUCCGAGAAGAUACGAGGGUUGGUGUCUAUGUUGAAAAUGUGACUAAACGUGAAGUUACGUGCGUCAGUGACAUCAUAACACUUUUGAUGCAGGGUUCUGCGAAUAGGAAAGUCUCUAUGACGCAUAUGAAUCAUGCAAGUAGCCGCUCCCACAGUGUUCUCACAUGCACUAUUGAGAGUAGGUGGGAGAAGGAUUCCAUAUCUAACACACGGUUUGCACGAUUGAAUAUAGUUGAUCUCGCCGGGUCUGAAAGGCAAACGUCAUCUGGUGCUGAAGGUGAGAGGCUGAAGGAAGCUUCUAAUAUCAACAAAUCAUUAUCAACACUCAGCCAUGUGAUAAUGAGUUUAGUUGAUCUUACACAUGGAAAGAAAAGGCAUGUUCCUUACAGGGACUCAAGAUUGACGUUUCUUCUCCAGGAUUCACUUGGUGGAAACUCCAAGACAUUGAUCAUUGCAAACGUCAGCCCUUCAUUGUGUUCAAGUAAUGGAACACUCAGUACUCUCAAGUUUGCUCAGCGUGCAAGGCUCAUUCAGAACAAUGCGGUUGUCAAUGAAGAUGCUAUAGGGGAUGUGCGUGCUUUGCAAGAUCAGAUACAUGUCCUGAAGGAGGAGCUUGCUGUCAUCAACCUUGAACAUGUGCCUCGAACACAUGGAGCCCUUGAAACUGAAGAGCAGCGCAAAGCUGAGGUUGUUUGUCAUCUAUGUAAGGACAGGGAAUCUGCCAUUUGCGAAUUGCAGAUACUGCGGUCUCAAUUUACCAAGCUUCUGCAAGAAAAGGAAAAUGCGGAAGAAUGCCAUCUCUGGAGUCAAAGAACUAUUAAAGAUUUAAGUUCUGAGGCCCUUGAAUUGAAGUCAGAAAUAAUUGACAAAGAGAAGGGCUAUGAAGCUAGAAUGAAAGAAUUGGAGAUAGAUAUGCAAGAAAAGGAUUGUGAUGCCACAACAUCACUUAUUUUAUGGCAUAAAGAGAAAGAGGUACUUGAAUUUGAGCUCUCAGAGGCAAAAUGUCUUGCACAACAGAAAUCAACUGAGGCAUCAAUUCUUUUUGCCAAGUUUCAAGAGGCACAGGCAACUAUAGCUGAUGCAGACUCUACAGUCAAGGCACUUGAAUUUGAGCUCGCAGAGGCAAAAUGUCUUGCACUACAGAAAUCAGUUGAGGCAUCAAUUCUUUUAGCCAAGUUUCAAGAAGCACAGGCAACUAUAGCUGAUGCAGACUCUACAGUCAAGGCACUGGUGGAAUUGAAUGAAAAUGCAAAACAUCAAGCAGAGAAGUACAAGCAAAAGGAAUCUUCAUUUACUAUUGAAAAGGAUGACUUGCUAAGUGAGGUCAGUAGUUUGAAGAUGCUGCUGGAUGUGAAGGAACUAACUUACCUGGAUAUGGAAAAUAAAUUUGGAUCAAGCCUGCUUGAAGCAAAUGAGGUAGCUCUUGAACUGGAAGAUGGCAUCAGACACCUGAAGAAUUCGCUAGCGGAGAACCUUGAGUUUGUUUUGUCUGAUAUUGAAUGGAUGAAGUCAAAACUUCAGCAGUUUGCAGAGUUGGCAAGAGCUUGGUUGGAGGAGAAUUGGUUAGAGAUAAUUGGAAAAGAUUAUGCUGUUUCUGUGUUACACCUCUGCCAUAUGGGGAUUUUGUCGGCGAGAAUUACUGGGCUGCAUGCAGAAAAUGGUCUCCUUCAGCGUGGGAUCCGCGAAUCUGAUUCUUCGAUAUCUAUGCUGCGAGAGCACAAUGAUAAAGCAAAGAAUGAACUGGAAAUGUGUAGUGUUCUCAAAAGAAAGUUACUACUCGACAUCAACAGCAGGUUUUGUUGUAUUGCCAAGAAGGAACAAGAAGCAACUGAACUGAGCUCAAGAUUGGAUUCUUUCGGGAAGAAAGUUAUGCAUUUGCAAGCACAAGAAAAAGCAAUGUUGGCACGGUCAGGUUCCAUGUAUAAUGAGCUAUCCGUUUUGACUGAAGAGAUUGAUGCUACCAACAGGAGUUCUUUGGCAGCUCAAUCCAAAGAAAAAGAAGAGCUGCAUAACCAGUUGGACAAAGCUUUGUUUCUCAAUAGAAUGUUAAAGGACACGAUGCUUAAGGUUGUGAGUCUGCCUGAAGUACACAGUGGUAUACCUGCAAAUGAUAUUAACGGGUGCAAUGAAUUUGAGUUGUGCAGUUGGCUUGUAAACUACCACCACGAGUCGGUUAUGAUCAAUACAAUUAAAAAUGAUAUUGAAUCUUUUGUUUUUGCUUCAGAAUUGGAGCAACACAAGGUACAACUGCAAAAACAGAACCUUAUGUUUACUGAAGUACUUGAACGGAUGAAGACAGAAGUAACUUUGUGGAGAGUUGACCAGGAUUUGGGCAGUGUUGCAAUUUAUGAUUUACAUGAGGAGAACAGUAAUAUAAUGAUUCAUUUGAAGAACCUGAAGCGGGACAAGGAUGAAGUUAUGGAAAGCCUACUUGCAAUGAGCAAGGAAAACCCAAAACUUAGUUAUGUAAUUGACUCCUUAGAGUCCAACAUCAGAUCCUUGCAAACAGAUCGAGAUGGAAAAGCCAAAGAUCUUAUGGAGUUGCAAUGCUCCCAUGCAGCCUUAUGUAAAGAGCUUGAGUUGAAAGCCAAGGUCAUUAAACUCGGAAUUUCAAUUGAAAAUGCUUUGAAGUCAGAGAAUGAUUCACUGAGACAUGAAAUGCUACAUAUUCUGCGCAAGGACAGCAGGAUGGUUGAUUUGGUUUCUAAUAUUGAUAUGGAGAAGUUAUCUGUCUCCAUUCAAGCAUGUUUGGAACAAAUUACUGCUCAAGUACAAAUGUACAUCGAUGAACAAUCAACCAUGAUGAUGAAGUUGUCCAAUGACUUAAACUUGGUUCAAUUGUCUGUUGAGGAAUUGAGCACCCAUAAUUCCUCUUUACAGUCUGAACUAGCUAGGAAAGAUGAAUUGGCAAAGGGCUUGUCAUUUGAUCUUAGCAUACUACAGGAGUCAGCAUCUGUUGCAAAAGGUCAAGCAGAUCAACUUGUUGCGUUGGCUGAAGCAAUUAAAUCAUUAGAACCUGAGGUUGCUUCUAAAUCACAUGAUCUUGAUAAUCUUGUUUCUGGAAGCCAGCCACUAGAAGCUCAAAUCAUGAAGAGUAAUGAAAAGAUUUCGGUGCUAGAGGAGCAACUAGCAAGUACAGUUGGUGAACUAAAUGCAGUUUCUGUGGAGAACACUGAAUUGAGAUCUCAGCUCAACCAUAUUGAACGGAUCAGUUACUCUAGGAAAGAGGAGUUGGCCCAUAGAAGUAAUUCCACUGAAAGAAUGGAAGAAGGGUUGAUUGAGCUGAGAAAUUUACUUGAUGAAAGGAACAACUUAUUUCAAAACUUGCAAAAUGACUUCUCCAAGCUUUCCUACGAGAAACAAUACUGUGACUCUCAGGUGCUUAUGUUGAGAGAGAAGCUGGAGAUGGCUCAGGCAGUGGCCGAAAAAAAUGAAGCAAUUGCUAUGGAUGCUCGACAGAUAGCGGAUGAAAGGAAGACAUAUGCUGAAAAGAAGGAUGAAGAAGUAAAACUAUUGGAGAGGUCAGUUGAUGAUCUUGGAACUGAUGUAUGUGCUGUGGAGAACCUGGUGCGCGACAUCAAGAAGGAAGCAGAACGACAAAGAAUGCAGAGAGAAGAAUUAGAGGUGGAGCUGCAGAAAGUCAGGCAACAAAUGUCAGCUGUACCAUCCUCUGGGGAAGCAGGGAGUUCUGUGGAAGAUAAAAGGAUUGAUUUGACUGACUCAUUCAGACACUCAAGAAAUGUACAUAAUGACAAUGAACUUGAUGAGCAGCAGGGGAAUAAUCACCAAAGCAUCGAGCUUCCUGAUAAAAGGGUUACAAAAAUCUCAAGGUCAAAAACUGAGCUUGACAUGCACUGUACACAGCAACCCAUGUCUAAUGAAGAUCCCAGAGUGCAACAUCUUAUGGAAAAACUGAAAAGAAAGCAAGCUGCAAUUCGGAAGGCGCGCAACUACAAAAAUCCCUCACCAGACUAUAGCUGGGUCAACAGCUUGGGGUAGCUGGGUCAAAAUCAGGACAAUUUUUUUGUCUAGCAGGAUGUUGUUGAAUGGCAGCAGCGUCUUGAAAGUAGAUGGAGUAUAGCUUUGUCGUUGUACUUAUGAUUGUGCUAACUUGAUUGAUGGUGAACCUAACUUGAAAUUGAGUUAAAUAUAAUGCAA